AUGGCAGAAGUCGACGGCGCCUCACCGAAGGAGCAGAUCCUCGAAGCCUGUCGAAGAGACAACGUGGAUCUUUUCCAUGAAGUCCACGAGGGCAUCUCCAACGGCCAGUCCAAGGAGAGGGUCGCCGAGUUCUUCAACUCGAUCACUGACACAAUGGGUAACUACCUAUUACACGUAUGCGCGAGCUACGGUUCUUACGAUGUCAUGGACGAAUUGCUCAACGUUGAAUUCCUUGAGUGCGACCCCCUCACCCGCCGUGACAAAGAGACUCCAAUUCACUCUGCAGUCAAGUAUGGCAAUGAGCGGGAAGUUGACCUAGGGGAAGCUAUGGCUACUAUGCUGAUUGAAGCCGGCGGUGAUCCUCGGGUCAAAGACUCCCACGGAAGGAAACCGAGUCAGAUCUGCACACCACGGACCGAGCAACUGCGCAAAAAGCUACUAGAAGCCGAGUAUGUUAUGAACGAGGGCUUGAAAAGCGGACAGCAGCAGGACGAGGACGAGGGACCGACCGGCAGUGCCAGCGAUUCUGAGUGA